CCAAACCCGCUUGAAUGCGGGUUUUCUUCGUCCCAAACUGGCAACCCUGUGGCUGUAGAGGGGGAGGCGCUAGUCCGCAGUAGUUUCUGGAAGGAACCUCAUGCAUGCACCAUGGAGAAAGUUUCAGCAUUAAAAGACCAGGGCAAUAAGGCACUGAGUGCAGGAAAUAUUGACGAAGCCGUUCGUUGCUACACUGAAGCGCUGACCCUGGACCCUUCCAACCAUGUCCUGUUCAGUAACCGUUCAGCCGCUUACGCCAAGAAGGGCAUGUAUGAGAAUGCUCUGCAGGACGCCUGUCAAACCAUCAAGAUAAAGCCUGACUGGGGCAAGGGCUACUCUCGUAAAGCUGCAGCGCUGGAGUUUCUGGGCCGACUGGAGGAGGCCAAAACCACGUACCAGGAGGGACUGCGACAAGAGCCCAGUAAUCAGCAGCUGAAAGAGGGUUUACAGAACAUCGAAGCCCGGCUGGCAGAGAAGACCAUGAUGAACCCCUUCGCCAUGCCCAACUUAUAUCAGAAGUUAGAGAGCGACCCUCGCACCCGAGAGCUGUUGUCAGAUCCCAGUUACAGAGAACUGCUGGAGAAGCUGAGGAACAAACCCUCCGAACUGGGAACGAAGCUGCAGGAUCCCAGAGUCAUGACCACACUGUCAGUGCUGCUGGGUCUGAAUUUGUCUGAGAUGGAGGAAGAGGAGGAACCCACUCCUCCUCCUCCUCCCCCCAAACCCAAGGAGACCCAGCCCCCUCCCCCCAAAGAGGAAGACCUCCCUGAGAACAAGAGAAAGGCCUUAAAGGAAAAAGAACUUGGAAACGCUGCAUAUAAAAAUAAGGACUUUGAAACAGCGCUCAGACAUUAUGAAGAAGCCGUCAAAUACGACCCAACCAACAUGACCUACAUUUCUAACCAAGCAGCUGUGUUCUUUGAGAAAGGAGACUUUGAGAAGUGCCGAGAGCUUUGUGAGAAGGCCAUCGACGUUGGCCGAGAGAACAGAGAGGACUACCGACAAAUAGCCAAGGCACUGGCCAGGAUUGGAAACUCGUACUUCAAGCAGGAAAAAUACAAAGAAGCAAUUCAGUAUUUCAACAAAAGCCUGACAGAACAUCGCACUCCAGACGUGUUGAAGAAGUGUCAACAGGCAGAGAAGAUCCUCAAGGAGCAGGAGAAACUAGCCUACAUCAACCCUGAAUUAGCCCUGGAGGAGAAGAACAAGGGCAACGAGGCCUUCCAGAAAGGAGACUAUCCUUUAGCCAUGAAACAUUACACUGAGGCCAUCAAGAGGAAUCCCAACGACGCCAAACUCUUCAGUAACAGAGCUGCCUGCUACACCAAGCUGUUGGAGUUCCAGCUGGCCUUGAAGGACUGUGAGGAGUGUAUCACCCUUGAACCCUCCUUCAUUAAAGGCUACACCCGUAAAGGAGCAGCGUUGGAGGCCAUGAAGGAUUACUCCAAAGCCAUGGAUGCGUACCAGAAGGCUCUGGACCUGGACUCUGCAUCCAAGGAGGCCACUGAAGGCCUGCAGCGCUGCAUGGUCAGCCAGGCCAUGAGGAACGACAGUCCUGAGGAGGUGAAGAAGAGGGCCAUGGCCGACCCAGAGGUGCAGCAGAUCAUGUCGGACCCGGCAAUGCGCAUGAUCCUGGAGCAGAUGCAGAAGGACCCACAGGCACUCAGCGAUCACCUGAAGAACCCGGUCAUCGCUCAGAAGAUCCAGAAGCUCAUCGAUGUGGGACUCAUCGCCAUCCGUUGAUGAAGAGGACCAGCUGGACCAGAUCCAAGACCUCAACGGAACCAAAUGCAAACUCCUCAGUUCUGACGUUCUCUUUCUGUUUUUUUUGCCUUGGGUUCAUAAUUACAUGUCCUUAGUCUGACUCAGGC